UGUGAAGCUAGGCGGCAGAACAUGCGCAGUGGCAGUUUGUGCCAUAUUGGAAUGAGGUCGUGAACGGCUAGGCGGAAAAAGAUACUGCAUCUAAAACCGACUUGAAAAACUCCUUACUGCUGUGAGACCGUCUGUAGGGGGAGCCAACAUGAGCCAUGAGCCACUGGAGUCUGAUGGUGACUCUGGUCAGGAUGUGUGUGACUUCAACUGGGAUGAAUACCUGGAGGAGAAUAGCACCUUGUCAGUCCCUCAUCAUGCUUUUAAACAUGUGGACCAGGGCCUUCAGACAGGACUGGCCCCUGGCAUGAAGCUAGAGGUAAGCGUGCGGGGUGAAGAAGAUGGGGCAUACUGGGUGGCCACCAUAAUCACCACCUGUGGACAGCUGCUGCUCCUGCGCUAUGAGGGUUACCAGGACGACCGGCGCGCCGACUUCUGGUGCGACAUCAUGACAGCCAACCUUCACCCGCUGGGCUGGAGCCGUCAGCAGGGGCACCCAGUGAGACCCCCAGAGGGUGUGCGGGAGAAGCACCCUGACUGGGAGGCCCUGCUGGAGAAAGCCCUCUCAGACAGCUGCAGUGCCCCUGCCCACCUGCUGGAAGGGGCGCAGCAUGUGCUGAACCCGCUGGACCUGUUGGCCUCCGGCACCAGCCUGGAACUGCAGGACAGCCGUGACGCAGCGGUAGCUUGGGCCGUCAUCAUCGAGGACAACGUGGGCGGGCGGCUGCGGCUUCGCUACCACGGCGCCGAGGCUCUCCCCGACACCGACGCCACCCUGUGGCUGUUCUACUUGAGCCCUCUGCUCCAUCUGCCCGGCUGGGCCCAGGAGACUGGCUGCACGCUCAGACCCCCGGCUGCACUGCUCCCUCUGCGCACUGAGGAGGAGUGGGACAAGGUCAGACAAACAAUCAGCUCUUUGCCCCAGGACUCCACUAUCACGGAGGUGUUCCAGAAGGACCGGCCAGCCAUCAGCUCUCACAGUUUCACUGAGGGAAUGAAACUGGAGGCAGUAGACCCUGCAGCUCCAUUCACUAUCAGUCCUGCCACAGUCAAGAAGGUGUUCGGAGUGCAGUACUUCCUCGUAGAGAUAGAUGACCUGCGUGAAGACGCCAAGAGCCGGGUGUUCCUCUGCCACAGGGACAGCCCGGGCAUCUUCCCCGCCCAGUGGAGCCUGAAGAGCGGCGUGAGGCUGAGCCCCCCUCUUGGUUUCCAGGGGCAGGACUUUGAUUGGGCUGACUAUCUUAAGCAACAUGAAGCAGAGGCUGCUCCCCAACAGUGUUUCCCACCUGAGCCAUCUGAUCAGUGUUUCAAAGAGGCCAUGAUGCUGGAGGCAGUCAAUCCCCUCUGUCCUGAAAAUAUCCACGUGGCAACUGUCACCAAGGGCAAAGGUCACCAUAUCUGGCUCCGACUGGAAGGGCUCACGCAGCCAGUCCCAGAGGUGAUUGCUCAUGUGGACUCCAUGGACAUUUUCCCAGUCAGCUGGUGUGAAACAAAUGGUUACCCACUGCAGUUCCCACGCAAGCCUCGGGUGGAGAAGCAGAAGAAAAUUGCUGUGGUGCAGCCUGAGAAACAAGUCCCACCCAAAGACUCUUUUACUGAUGCCCUCAAGCAGCAGAUGAACAUGCAGGCAGACACCGCUGGACAAGCCAAUGGGAAGUACUGUUGUCCAAAGAUCUACUUCAACCAUCGCUGCUUCUCUGGGCCAUACCUCAACAAGGGGCGCAUUGCGGAGCUUCCCCAGUGUGUGGGGCCGGGGAACUGUGUUCUAGUGCUGAAGGAGGUGUUGACUCUGCUGAUAAACUCGGGCUACAAGCCAAGCCGUGUGCUGAGAGAACUGCAACUGGACCAGGAGGGCCGCUGGAACGGUCACGGCGAGACUCUGAAGGCCAAGUAUAAGGGCAAGACUUACAGAGCCACAGUGGAGAUUGUUCGCACCGCCGACCGGGUGGCUGAAUUCUGCAGGAAGACCUGCAUCAAGCUGGAGUGCUGCCCCAACCUGUUUGGCCCACGGAUGGUUCUGGAACGCUGCUCUGAGAAUUGUUCUGUGCUUACCAAGACCAAAUACACAUAUUACUAUGGUAAGAAGAAGAGCAGACGUGUGGGCAGACCCCCUGGGGGACACUCCAACCUGGAGGGUGGCGGCAAGAAGCUGGGCAGGAGGAGGAAGAGGAGGAAACAGCUGUUUGUUCACAAGAAGAGGCGAACAGCCUCCGUCGACAACACACCUGCUGGCUCCCCACAGGGCAGCGGUGAGGAAGAGGAUCUUGACGAGGAUGAUUCCCUGAGCGAGGAUUCUGGGUCGGAGAAUCAGGAUGACCUGCAAGAUGACUCUGAGUAUUCCGAAAAGAAGUCCCAGCCGCCGACACCCUCGCCCUCCCCUCCUGAGACGCCGCGGCCCACUCGCAGACGACGCAAAGCCCGCUCUCCCUCCUACUCUGACGACGAGAACCGCCCGCCCUCGCCGAAGAGCCCCCGCAGCGAGGCCCCCCAGAAACUGUGCUUGGAGAGCAGCCCACUGGAGUGGAGUGUGACGGACGUGGCGCGCUUCAUCAGGACAACAGACUGUGCUCCGCUGGCACGCAUCUUCAUGGACCAGGAGAUUGAUGGACAAGCUUUGCUGUUACUUAACCUGCCGACUGUUCAGGAGUGUAUGGACCUGAAGUUGGGCCCAGCUAUCAAACUGUGUCACCACAUUGAACGAGUCAAGCUCGCUUUCUACCAGCAGUUCGCCAGCUGAGAGCUUGCUACCCCUUGGCCAGAGGAUUCGCCUUGGCCUGCUACGCAGCUGUCCUGUUGUCUAUACCCAUCCCCCAAGCCCCCAAGAAGAAAACUGCACAAAGUGCUGCACAAACUAAUUGGCUGAUUGCAUGGGGUUCAAAUGGAUUGUUGGCUUCAUAUGCAUUUGCCCCCAAUAAUUUUUUUUUUUUUUAAUUUAAUCAGAGGGUUAAAGGAGUUAUUGUCUGUCUGCUUGACACCUUGAGAUGGAAAAUCAGGUCCACACAGUGUCCUUGAAGGUCCAGGACACUUUGUUUCUUGUUAUGAACUUGACCAACUGUAGAGCGGAUGACAAUGCAAGAAUCCAAGCACAAAGACCAAUAAAACGUACUGUAUGUGGCAUGAGAGGUGUACAUAGUGAAAGAUGAGUGUGUGUGUAUAUAUUGUAAAUAUCAGAUGUUCCUUCACAGGAAUGAUGUGUUCGGAUGUUGUUGUUUUUUCUGGAAGUUAGUGUGUUAUGUACAAACAGAACAUCAAAGUUCAGUUUGUUCCUCAUGAGCUUAACAGCUUUAUGCUCUAACAACAAAAUCUAUAUUUCAUACAGUGUGUUCUGUUUGUUUGUUUUCCUUUAAUACUGGUGUAGAUGUCUGUCUGUAUUUUAUUUCAGGCAGAAAUAAAAUUGCAAAAAGUGGAAAGGAAGCCACUGCAAACAAAUCAACAAAUGAGAUGAGGCAGAUUCUUUUUUAUGUCUCAGGUGAAUUUAUCCUCAUGUGCCCAGAACUGAACUUCCAUUCGUCAUCUUUUUGUUCCUCAUCUUCAUUCUGUAAGCAUCUGUAGACGUUUUUCCGUAGGUAUGUUUGUAAUCUACCUGUGCCGUGUUGAUUUUUAUUCAUUUUGGGUCAAAACUGAAAUUAUAUUAAUUUUGAAUAUAUGUGUUUGUGUAAUACAAUUGUUAUUUAAAGAAAACGUGAAAUAAAA